GGUAUAAGCCAAGAAAUGGUUGAAACCCAAGCGCAAUUCCUCCUUCCCAUGGAGCUAGAACCUCCAAGAAACUUCACAAGCCCCUGUUCUUCAUCCCACCGCAAGAAUCUUCAGUCCUUCGCCGCUCCUCAAGCCCCGCCAUGAAUUCCCUCCGCCCCAGAACCCUGCCCCCGCCUCCAAGUUCGCCUCCCCUGUUCCUGAGAAUCUCCCGUUUCUUGGCAUCUUCUUCGAGCUAUGGCCCGCAGCAUUCGCAUUUCGGGCAGAGCCCGGCGUCGUCGUCGAGGCGGGACGACGACAGGUCGCGCGGCGUGAGGGUAUCGGUGUGGUGGGACUUCGAGAACUGCAACUUGCCGGCCGGCGCCAACGUGUUCAGGGUGGCGGCCUCGAUCGCCGCCGCAGUCAGGGCGAGCGCGAUCAGGGGCCCGAUUCAGAUCACGGCGUUCGGCGACGUCCUGCAGCUCUCGCGGUCGAGGCAGGAGGCUCUCUCGGCCACCGGAAUCAACAUGACCCAUGUGCCUCACGGUGGAAAGAACAGUGCUGAUAGGUCUCUCCUUACCGAUCUCAUGUAUUGGGUAUCACAGAAUCCUCCACCAGCACAUCUGUUUUUGAUAUCGGGUGAUAGGGAUUUUGCCAGCAUUUUGCACAAGUUAAGAAUGAGCAACUACAACAUACUUCUUGCGAGUCCAGAAAGUGCCCCCCCUGUUCUCUGCAGCGCUGCUAGUAUUAUGUGGCAUUGGAAUUCUUUGGUCAAAGGGGAAAACCUUACGGGAAAGCAUUUUAAUCAGCCUCCUGAUGGUCCAUACGGUUCUUGGUAUGGUCACUGCAAGCUUCCUCUUGAAGACCCAUUUGCGGUUACUGAACAGCCUCGCUUGGGGAGUGAGAUCUUGCCUCGCGCAGUUCCUCAGGCAGUCAUGAGGCAAAUUUGGAGAUUAGUAAGGUCAAGUCCGAAAGGCAUUCCAAUUACAGAACUGCGUGCAGAGCUGGGAAGAAGUAAUCUACAUUUAGACAAGGACUUGUAUGGCUACAAAAAGUUCUCACAAUUCCUUAUGUCUAUGCCGCACAUCAUAAAGCUUCACCACCAAGGUGAUGGGCAAUUCUUGGUGCAGGCAGUUACCAAGAAACCUCAAUCAUCAUUAAACUCCAUUGUGGAUCCAUCUACAAGGUCCAUAACUGAAAGUGGAGAGGAGGGAUGGACAAGUUCAGAUGCGGAUGAUGAGUUAAUGCAUGCCAAAAGAGCUGCUGUUCAGAAAUUACCACCAUCUGAGCUGAAUAAGGAUCUGACUUCAGAUAAGGAACCACAUCGGACUUCUCCUGAUGCACAUGUGGCAGUACCUUCUAAAAAUGUCGGUGAGCAACAUUUAAUUGAUAAGAAGGACCUUGAGAUGCCGACUAGACAUGCUGCAUUAUCUGAAGUCACAAAUUCAGAUGCAAAUGAGGAGUUAAUGCAGGCCAAAAGAGCUGCUAUCGAGAAAUCACCACCACCUGCACCUAAUACAGAUGUGACUUCAGAUGAGGCACAACAGGGGCCUUCUCCUGAUGAACGUGUGGCAUUUGCAUCUCAGCGAGACUCUACAUCUGUAGCUGGUCUUUUCAAAAGGUUUUGGAAAAGAUGGUUUGGUGUCGAAGAUAGCAGUUCAACUAAGAAUAAUGUCAAAAUGUCAGACUGCACUGCUUCCCAUUGCUCCAAGGAAAUGAGUAAUGGUGCACGUGAAGAAUGUUCUACUCCCAGCGAUGAUUCAGGUGAGGUGAAAGAUGAAGAGAAAUGUCCAACCCAGGUUGCAGAGCCAAAUUGUCCACCAUCAUCAGCGUCAACCAGCAAUCAGUCAGCAAAGGGCAAUAACCACUCAACAAAGGGCAACAUUGAUACACUUUGGAGUGAUGAUAAAUCAUCUCCGAGUUCAGCCAAAGGAUCGGCUACUGUCGGCAAGUCUAGGACCAGAGAAAUGGUGCAAAAUCUGCAAAAGGACAGACUGCCAGCAGCAAAAUCUCUCAGCGAAAGUGAUCUCCUCCAUUUUGUCGAUCUGUUGAAAGUGGGGCAGAAAUCGGUUGAAGAAGACCCAUCUCAAAAGCUGCUUUUUAAACCUUCUGAACAUUGUUCCCAUGCUUCAAGUCGGCUGAGCUCUUUCUUUAAGGGGAAUCCAUCAUUGCACACGGAGUUACAGAGGCCGUUUGAGCAUAAUGGAGAGAAAAAAAAUCAGAAUACUGACGGUGGAGUUUCUCCCCACGUUCUUAAUAAGAGACCCAUUGACCAGUCGAGAAAUAAGAUCUUAGCCGACUGUCAGAAACUUGUAAAUGAGAUACUGAAGCAGUAUCCUGGAGGAUAUGAUAUUCGCCCUUUCAAAAAGCUGUUCCUUGAGAAGCAUGGUUAUCCUCUUGAUCCACAGAGACUUGGCUGUGAAGAACUGACAUCCGUUUUAGAGAUGAUGGCUGGAGUGACGGUUGAAUCUACUCAUAUUUAUCCUUCUGGCAAAGCCUUAAAAUGUCGAAAGAUGGAAAGUGCCAACCCCAAUAGUCAUUCAAGCGAUCCCUGUGGCUCAGUGGGUAGUUUGGAUAUUGAAUCGUGCAAUUCAUCAAAGAAGGACGAUUGUGUUGACUCUCCAUGGGAGGAAUUGGGGCCCGUUGCUGAUGGAGUUUUCAGCGGAAAUGACCUUAAACCGGGACAUUUUACUAAAGGAGAUGCUGUUGAUGUUGAUUACAAUCCUGACCUCUCAGAUAGUGACUUUUUAGAAUUAGAAGAUGAGGUUAAUGCAUCUGGAGAAGAAGCGGGUGGAAUGCAGAAGGAGGACACGGUGCACUCCUCACCAUUCGAAGAAGUGAUCAAUUCGUAUUACACCGGCAAGAAAACCGAUAGUGAGAGGGACAAGUCGACUAGUACGGAUGGCAUGUCUGAUUCUUCCUCUGAUAUAGCGCAACCAACUGAUCCAUCAGGAGGCACGCAAGGUGAGGCUUCCUUUCAAUGUAGCAAUGGGAAGAGAAGGCUUGGAAAGAGCUAUAGUUUUGUUGCAGACCCGGAUAGGAAGCUUGAAAGCAGGCCAUUUUAUGGCAUUUUGGAUAGCUUAGAUAAGUCAAACGAGUCAAGAAUGCAUGGCUGAAAGAGGUCUUGGAUACUUUAAAACGGUCUUUGCAUCUCUGAGUUUUUUAGGUUACUCUCUUUGGGGGAUCGACUCGGAACAAAUCAGGCAACGGCCUUUGGCCGAUGACGAGUCUCCGUCGGUCAACCGUCGACCAUCAUACACAUUGGUUUUGUUCUGGAUGAGCUCGCUCACGAGGCAAUGGAGGACUAUACAUGGUCUACUCAUUACGACUUUUUUUCACACAUUACAACUUAGAGUUUCCUGAAAAUAUCAUGUCUCACCUUCAUGAGUUAUUGUUAUAUAACCUUUAUUAAUUUUCGGCCGGUCGGGCCAUUUUAUUUUUUA